UUCAGAAGAGGAUAUGUCGAUCAGCUGGGGAACACAGUACUCGAAGCUGAAAACGAAUCUUCGUUUGGCAAUUAAUCGUUUGAAAUUAUUAGAGAAGAAGAAAACUGAGAUGGCACUGAAAUCACGCACCGAAAUUGCUGAUUUCAUUGCAAACCACAAGGAAGACCGUGCUCGUAUCAGAGUAGAACAUAUCAUAAGAGAGGAUUUCCUUGUCGAAGCAUACGAGUUGCUAGAAAUGUAUUGCGAUCUUAUUCUGGCACGAUUUGGUCUCAUACAGCAAAUCAAGCAACUUGACGAUGGAAUUGCUGAAGCAGUAAUCAAUAUUAUAUGGGCUGCUCCUCGUGUGGCAACAGAUGUGAGUGAAUUCAAGGUGAUUAAUGACCAGCUGACUAUGAAAUAUGGCAAAGCUUUUGCUGAAGCAGCACAUAAUAACCAGCUAGAAUAUCCUGCCAAAGUAUCACCAAAGUUGAUGGCCAAACUAAGCGUACAAGCGCCUCCAAAACUCUUGGUAGAGCGAUAUAUGAUUGAAAUUGCAAAGUGUGCAGGAAUACCAUUCACUCCUGAUCCAAAUAUUAUGCGUGAAGACGAAGUUGCUGCUGCUGAACAGAUGUUGAUCGAUUUUAAAAAUCAUGGAGGACAAGGUUAUGGUUGGAUGUAUCCCGAUGGCAGUAGUUCAGAUAAUAAAAAGCCACCUUCCCCACCGACGAAUGAAGGAUCUGGGUACUAUCCCGGGCCACCACCACCUCCUCCUGCUGGAUUUAAAGGUGCUUUCGGUGGAAGUGGUGAGGUAGGUAUUCCAGCUUCUGCACCAGUGUCAGACCCAACUAAUUAUGGUGCUCAUAAUUAUCCUUGUUUGAAUCAAGUCGAUGAUUCAUCGAGGGACAUCAAAAUCAAACCGAAUACAUCACCGGGUGUUCCAUCGGCGCCUCCCACAGAUGCCAAUUCGGUUCCUCCAAAAAUGAAUCUUGUAGAACCAGAGUUCCCAGAACCACCGAACGAUUUACCGGGAUCAUUCGACUCAGCAUCGUUUCCAUUAACGAAAAGUAAUGAUGAACAGCAGUUAGGUGUUGUUGGUAGCAAUGAUGAGCUUGAUUUUGAUGAUUUAGCAAAACGCUUUGAUAUGCUAAAGAAGAAAAAUAUCAAAUAAGUGUCACGUUUUUAAAAUAUAUUCAUUCGAAAGUUUCAUUUGUUCCAUAUAUUUACUUUAUUUAUGUUAUAGUGUUAUCCGAAAACAAAGCACUUUAUUCACAA